UGAUACUGAUUUUUUUUUUCUCAAUUUGAUGUUUGCAUUUGGCGAAGUCAUAGGUAUUUAUUGCUAGCAGUUUAAUAAUGAAAGUUCUGCUGAUUUUCUCUCUUCAGUUGCUGUUUGCAUUUGGCGAAAUCAUAUGUAGUUUUUUGUUUGCAAUUCAAUAAAACAAAUUUUGGAUUUUUUUUUCAGUUUGCUGUUUGAAUUUGGCGAAAUUAUAUGUAUUUUGUUGUUCGCAAUUCAGUAAUAUGAAUUCUAAUUUUUCAUUUUGUUAUUUGCAGUUCAUAUAGUCAUAAACGUCGCGGUUCACGAAAUCAUAAGCUGCGGUGGCGUUUUAGAGUUUGAGUUUGUAAAUUAAAUAGUAUAUUUGUUUAAAAAAAUUAAUUUAAUUUUUUAGUUAAUAUUUGAAAGAGAUGUAUUUAAGAAUUUGUUUAGAUAGAGAAAUGUUUGAGAAAUUUGAUUUGAUUUGAUUCGAUUAAGAGUAAUUUUACCACAAUAAAUAUUAUUAAUAUAUUAAAACAUGAAAAUUUUGAUUUGAAUUUAUAGACAUAAAUUAUAACAUAAAAGGACUUGUAACAAAAUUUUAAUGAGAAUCACUAUCAAAGGCCCAAUGUCGAAUGCGGGCUCCAAGAGCAGCGGCCCGAACUUAAGGCUUCUUACCUGUUCAUGUUAGAAUUUCACUGCGACAAAAUCGCUUCAGAGAAAAAAAGAAUAAAAAAAUUACUAUUUAUAUUUUGGAUUGGAGAAUUUAUUAUUGUUGUAAUUUCGAGGUUUUUUGGUCGAAGCUCAAUGAGUUUGGAAAUUGAUUCCAAGUUUCAAUCCAAGAUGAAGCUCGAUAAUGAUCGGAUAAAUCGGUUACCGGAUGACAUUCUCGUGGCUAUCCUAUCUUUCCUAUCGCCAAUUGAAGCUGCACGAACUAGUGUUCUUUCAUCCCGUUGGAUAAACUUGUGGAAACACACCUCUUCUCUCAAGUUUGAUGCAUACAUUGGCCGCGCAACUGCAAACCGCAAAAAGUUAUCCGAAAUGGAGAGGGGAAAGUUUGUAAAUCGGGUGAACUUUGUCCUCCAAUCCCAUGAAGCCGUCACUUUGAACAAAUUUAUAAUCCGUUAUGAUAUAAGUGGUUCUGAUACAAGGGGAUACAAUGAGUAUACAUUGCGUGUGGAUGAAGUCACUCAGUGGCUCGAAUAUGCUUCCGCUAAAAAAGUUCCAAUCUUGGAAUUGAAUUUUUCGCCCAAGUAUGACGAGAGUUUAAGCUAUCCUGGCCUAACUUGUGCUUUUCCCCACAAGUUUCUCACUCGGAGCACUAGUGUUGACUUUAAGCCCCUCAAAGCGUUGACUUUGAAAUUUAUCGAUGUGAAUGAUGAAGCGAUUGAGUUCUUUUUACUGAACUGCCCUUUGCUCGAAGAAUUGAUUGUCCACGAAUCGAAAGAAUUGUCAAAUGUCGAAGUUUGUGGCUCGUCGCUCGUUUUGAAACGCUUAGAGAUAUGUUACUGCCGGAAUUUGAAACUCGUUAGGGUUUCCGCUCCGAAUCUUGUUUCGCUUACUGUUCAAGAACUUGAAGAACUCAUACUCGAAAAUGUCCCGAUGCUUGUUGAAUUGUCUCUUCCUUGGGGUUUCGGUGAAAUUUCCGGAGAAAAAUUAUGUGACGCAAUUUCUUGCUGCAAUUUGCAAUUGGAGGUUCUUACGUUGAAGGUUCUUCAAAACCCAAAGAAAGGUAUUGAGCUAUGCGAGUUUCCCGAAAUGCCUAGAUUGAAGAAGUUGGUGGUUGGAUAUCGGGCGAUGAAUGAAGAAAGUGUCGAUCUGCUCCCUUAUUUGAUAAGUGCAGCACCUUACAUACAUGAAUUUGUUUUAAACUUACACUCGUCUUGUAUUUCAACGUUGAAGAGUAUUACGAGGUUUCCACACAAGCAAAUUAAGGUUGUCAAGUUUCAUGGCUAUAGUGGUCACAAAAUUCGUAUUGAUCUGGUGAGCUACUUUUUGGAGAAUUUUGUCAAUCUUGAGAAAUUGAUUAUUGAUCCCCGAACAUUUUUCUUCCGUGAGCAAAUUCCCCGUAUUAGUUCAGUUUCUAUACAAACUGCAAGGAGUCGAGCCAAUGAAGAACUUGCAGCAGAAAUACCCGAUCGUGUUGAAUUAGUUAUUAUUUAAGUACCCUGUUUUUUUUUUUUUUUGCUGUAUUUAUGAGUUUAAACUACGAUUUGGUUAUGAUAUUGUGAUCGUAGAUAUUAUCGGAUACUGAAAGCUGUCAAUGAUUAUUUAAGUUGUGGAUAGAAUUUUCAAUUUGA